AUGUCGAUUCUGGCUUUCUGUCUUGUCCAGGUCGCUGCUCAAGCUGAGUACCAAUGGCCAUCCUACAGACCUCUAGAGUAUGCCACUCCCGUCUCCGCGGCGGUGGAAGCGCCCACACAUGCCCGCCCCUACUCAGAGUUAUCUACCCUACUUGACCCACGAUCUACCACAACUUGGGAUGCUCCUGGUGUGACUCCGACAGAUCAAGGCGUGAAGUUUGGCAAUGCCGCCCUAUCUUCCCUUUGGGCCCCCAUUCCCGUCCUCUCACCACCAUUCACCACAACCGUCUCACCAACCCCGAUCCCCAGCACUGAACUCAUCAAGCCGCCCCCUCUACCCCUCCAACCAGCACCAGACACAACACUCAAUGGGACCCUCAAGUUCCCAAAGACCUUCCAAUGGGGAUUCGCCGGCGCAGCCCUACAAAUCGAAGGCGCCAUUAAGAAUGAAGGCCGCGGCCCCAGUAUCUGGGAGAGUCGCUCCAGAGGAAACUAUUCCUCCUCUGGCCGGGCUGGCGCCGGCCCGCCCGACAUCGCAGCAAUGAACUACUACCUCUACAAACAAGACAUCGCCCGGCUUGCCGCCGUUGGAGUGCAGUCCUACAGCUUCAGUAUCUCCUGGUCCCGUAUCGUCCCCUUUGGUGUCCGCGGAUCUCCCAUCAACAAGGAGGGUAUCGAUCACUACAACGACGUCAUUGGCACCGUCCUCGCGUAUGGUAUGAAACCCGUUGUGACACUGCAUCACUUUGAUACCCCGGCCUACUUCCAGUCAAACACCUCCUUCUUGUCCUUUGACCACCCAGAAUUCGUUGAUGGCUUCGUAUAUUAUGCACAGACGGUACUCGCGCACUACUCGGAUCGCGUAGGCACAUGGUACACCUUCAACGAGCCGACUAUCGAGGCGGCCAUCACUGGUGCAUGGCAGCCCAGUCGUUUCGUACUUGAGGCCCACGCCAAGAUUGUGCGGUGGUACCGGGACGUCAUUCAUGGCGAUGCCCUCUGGAGCAUGAAGUUUGACCUUAGUGGAACCGGGUUCGCGCUGCCCUUGAACCCGAGCAACGCAUCGGAUGUCGUAGCCGCAAUCAGGCGUAACGAGUUCACCAUUGGGUACUUUGCACGGCCGUUGUUCCUGGGCGAGAACGUGCCGCAGUCUAUGGUUGAUACCGUUGGUGACAGGGUUCCUUCGUAUACAUCCGAGGAGCUUGAACUGUUCAAUGGGACUGCCGACUUCUUUGCGUUUGAUAUCUACACUGCUUCAUAUCACUCGGAACCUGAAGGUGGCUAUGAAGCAUGUGCAGCUGAUUCGAAGCAUCCAUUGUACCCAGAGUGCACCGUUACUUCCACCUCACGAGGAGGAUGGGAGGCAAACUUCCAUGGUAAUGUUGACAGGCCUGCGGUGCCAGCGGAGCAUGUCCGGGCGAUUCUCGGAUUUCUGUAUGCCACCUACCCGACCAAAGGCGGCAUCACCAUCGCAGAGUUCGGCCUCCCGGCUUUCAAGGCGUCCGACAUGUCUGUACACCAUAUCCGGAGUGAUCUAGCGCAGUCCGAAUUCUACGUCCCCUUCUUGAAUGAGGUUCUGAAGGCAAUCAAUAUCGAUGGAGUCCACGUCAAGGGGCUGUAUGGCUGGUCAUAUCUCGAUAAUUGGCAAUGGGGUCAGUACGAUGACAAGUACGGCGUGCAAGGAUAUAACCAGACCACCCAGGAGCGGUUUUACAAACGGGCAAUCUUUGAUUACGCUGGUUUUGUACAGGAACACAAGGCAUCUUGA